GGACGAGGGUCAACGUCGUGACAUCUGGUGAUGAUAUCUUAGACAAAGCUGAGAUAACUCUUGCUUGCCAUAGCCAACCAGUUCUGUCUGUGUGUCGUGUUUCAUUCAUCAUAUGCAUUUGAUGCACACACAGUCAGGUACACACAACAUAAAAUAGAUAAAUAUAUCUAUAUCUCUAUAUACACACAUGCACCAAUAUUUCCAUGAUGACGCUUUCUCGAAGUUCACAGGGAGAUUCUGUAAAGAAGGAUAGUCGAAAGCGCUACAUCGACACGUCUGAUGACAAUAGAUCAGACAGAGAUCGGAGAGAUAAGAAGAAAUAUCCUGACCUUUCUUCAUCAAAGAGGGACAGGCGAGAGAACCGAGAUGACCGGAGGGAACAGGGAAGUUCCUCAAGGUUGUCACGUGACCAUGAUUCUUCUGAUACAAUGAACCGGAAAAGCCAAGACAGAGACUCUGCUAGUUCAGACAAGGGUAAUUUGUGCAAGAGUCUUGUAGACUAUGCUGAGAGCGACAAGGAAGCAAAGCAUGAUGAACGGUAUAGCAAGAAGAAGAAGAAAAAAAAGAAGAAGCAUUCAGGGAAGCAAGCUGAAAAUGACUCUGAUAACUCUAGUGAAGGCCCCAAACCUGAAAAACGACGUCGCUUGUCAACGAGUAGUAAGAAAAAAAAGAAAUCCAGUAAGUGGUCUAGUGAUGAGGAGGAUGUGUUGCCAAAAAAAGAGCAGAUGCAUGGGGCCAGCAUAAGCCAGGAAUCCUCUUUCAAGAAGGGAGCCAACAGAGAGAGCUCCCACUUGCUGAAAAAUCGAUGGGAUGACAAAGAGAAAGCAGAGUCGAGUUAUGAUUGGAGAAAAGAGAGGAAUGAUUCUGUUGGAGAAAAAGAUAGGGUUCGUUCGAAAUGGGAUUUUGACACUUCUGAUGAUGACGACGAUGAUGAUGAUGAAGAUGAUGAUACUGUGAGUUCAAAAGUAUCUGAAAGCCAGUCCAGCAAAGGAGGGUUACGGUCUGUUGUGGGUGAUCUGAGUAAAGAGAAAUCAUCGAGGUGGUCGUCUACUAAAGAAUCAGCUGAUGAGAGUGAUGGGAAUGAUAAAAACAAACAUAGAAAGGGGCAGACAGAGAGAAGCAGCAGCAAGGAUCGGGAAAGCCUUUUUGUUUCAUCCGAGUUUAGCAAAGAGGGAAGUGCUGAGAAGCUGAAAAGGAAAGGGAAACUAUUAGAGGCACAAGAGGGUUCGCAUAAAGUUUUUAAAAUAUCUAAGGAGUUUUCUGGAAAGUUUAGCAGAAGAGAAGAUCUCUCGUCAUGCAGGGUAGAAACUGGAUCAACAGUUAUUGAAUCCUUGAAAGGUCAAAGUUCAGACUCUGUAGAUACACGUACGGGAGAACAAACUGAAUUGAGGGACAGUUUAGAAGAACGUGAAAGUCAGAAUGACAGCCCCGAAUUAGAGAUGAGAGCAAAGGAGAGAAUUUCCUUAAAAGGAAAACAGAGCCCUCUAGGUAAGAUAGAAACCCCAAAAGAUUUAGAAAAAGUCCCUCAUGGUAAAUCUAGUUGCCAUCUUCCAGAGAGCGGAGAAGUUGUUGGGGAUCAGUCAAGAGAAAGUAAAAUUGGUGAAAAGUUAAGCAGAAAGAAUGAAAUGGAGGAGAGAGUCAAAGGCAGAGAAGGUGAUGGAGAUCUUUCAAAAGUUUCUAACUCUGCGAAAAAUGACACAGCAGUUUCAUCAAAGCAGAAACCUCAACCUGAGAGUUCUCGAGAAAUACAUGGAGACAAAGAUAAAGAUGACAUACAUAUCACAGAUGAAGACCGUGAAAAGCUACAGACGAAGAGAAGAAUCACCAGUGAAAGAUGUCUGGAAGGGAGAAAACAAAGCCUGGGUGAGCUGAAAGAAACUUCGAAAGAAACUAACCAAGGAAAAGAAGCACUUGCUGAGAGUGAUAAAUACGGGGAUCUGCCAAGUGAAAGGAACAGAGAGCAGUAUACUAAAGGCAGUGGACAUGAGAUGGAACCUUUAAAAAAGUGUAGAAGUCCUGAAAAGGAUGGUAAUAUAGAAGAGGGGAGUGAUUCAAAAGGAUCUAGUUGCAGUAGUGAAGAGAAGAAUGUAUCUGAGAAACAUGGGCGACAAAGAGAAGGUUUGAAGCUGAGUCGGUGGGACAGAGAUGCCUCAGAAGAUAGUAAUAAAGAGAGUGGUGGCUUGAAAGACCAGUACAAGAAGAAGAGUGAUUCUGGAGACCCUUGUCUGGAAAAAGAGGACUUGAAGAAUCAACAAGAGAGAGGUGGGUCUAAAGAGCGUUUUAAAGGCAAAGCAGAUUCUCAACACAGGGAAAGGAGUGAUUCUGAAAGUGGACACAGCGAGAGGAGCGAUUCAAGAGGCCAGCGUCAUGGAAGGAGUAGCUCCAAAGUCCAUGUUGAGGGAAGUGACUCUGAGAGCUCACACCAUGAUAAGAGUGAGUCUGAGGAUCAACAUAGUGCCAGGAGUGAUUCAGAUCAUAAGAGCCGUGACAAAAGUGGUUCUAAAAGACAACAACGUGACAGGGAUGAUUCUAGAAGUCGGCGCUGGGAAAGGGAAGAAUCAAGUGAGCCACACAGAGAAAAGGAUGAGUCCAGGGACCGUCACCAAGAGAAGGAGGAUUACAGUACAAGGGAUUGGCGUCGUGACAGAGACAGCUCUAGGGAACGGCGUCGAAACCCAGAUGAUUCUCGGGAACGGCACUAUACCAGAGAUGACUCUAGAGAGCGACAUAGGGAUCGGGAUUCUUAUGACACAAAAAGAAGUAGAGAUGAUUCGAGGGAAAGACAAAAAGAUCGUGAUGACUAUGGAGGUCGGUACCGAUAUAGGGACCAACCUCGAGAUAACUGGAGGUUCCGAGAUAACAGAAGGUAUCAAAAUGAUGGUUGGGACAGUCGGAGAGGCAGAUUCAAUUUCCGAGGUGGGUUUAAAUACAGGGAUUCUUCUCGAGAAAGACAAAGGUACAGAGAUGAUUCGAGGGAUUAUCGUAGGGACAGGGACAAUCGAAAGGAUUCUGACCGUGACAGUGACAAGCACCGUCGCCAAGAUUCCUAUGACCAGCGACACAGUAGCUGGAGAGAUCGUAAUCGUUCCACAUCACCAGAUCGCUACAGAUCCAAAGACAACUCUGGCCGUGAAAAUAAAAAUCGAAAAUCUGACACUUCUAGCAGCAAGAGACUCAAUGGCUCGCCUGAUAGACAUCACAGUGCUGACAGCUCACCGGAUCAUCAUAGAAGCAAUGAUGAGAAGACAUCCAGUUCUGCUCAGAAGAAUCAGCAGCAAGAGAAACGUACCACUGAUCUCUCUGAUAAAACUACAUCAGAGACUUCUGUUCCAAAAUCAUCAGGUAGUGGUGAGACUACUACAGCCAGUUCUAAACCAAUUAACCCAUCCAAAGAUCCCACUGGUGCAGGAAUUCUUACCACAAGGACUGGAGGUGCUUAUAUACCACCAGCUAGAUUGAAAAUGAUGCAGACCCAAAUAACUGAUAAGAGUAGUGUUGCCUACCAGAGACUGUCGUGGGAAGCUUUACGUAAGAGCAUCAAUGGUCACAUCAACAAAGUCAAUGUGACCAAUAUUAUUGGAAUUGUACGAGACUUGUUCCAGGAAAACAUUGUGAGAGGAAGAGGUCUGCUGGCUCGCUCAUUACUUCAAGCUCAAAUAGCUUCCCCAACUUUCACCCAUGUCUAUGCUGCACUUGUGGCCAUCAUUAACACCAAGUUUCCUCAAAAUGGUGAACUAAUCCUACGCCGACUGAUUAUCCAGUUCAGGAGGGCUUUCAAGAGGAACGACAAAACUGUCUGUAUUUCAUCCUGCCGAUAUAUCGCACAUUUGGUCAAUCAACAAGUGGCACAUGAGGUGAUAGCUUUAGAGAUUCUAACAUUGCUGCUUGAGAACCCAACGAAUAACUCUGUUGAAGUAGCUGUUGGUUUCCUGAAGGAGUGUGGCCAAAAGCUGACAGAGGUGUCCCCAAGGGGAGUUAAUGCAAUUUUUGAACGACUGAAAAAUAUUCUCCAUGAAGGCAAACUCGAGAUGCGUACCCAGUAUAUCAUAGAAGUAAUGUUUGCAGUACGCAAGGAUGGUUUCAAGGACCAUCCUGCAGUCAUUGAUGAACUUGAUCUAGUCUUGGAGGCAGACCAGUUUACUCACCUGCUUACUCUUGAUGAUGCUGUUGGUGGAGACGACAUAUUGAAUGUUUUCAAACAAGAUGAUAAUUUUCUUGAAAAUGAAGAAAAAUAUAAUCUUCUUAAAGAAGAGAUUUUGAAUUCAAGUUCCGACGAGAGUAGUGAUGAAAGUGGUGAUGGCAGUCAGUCUGACAGUGGAAGUGAAGCUGGUGGUGGAGGAGCAGACGAUGCUGAACAUACUGAACAGAUAAUUGAUAAAACCGAGACUAAUUUAGUAGCUCUACGUUGUACUAUAUAUCUUACUAUCCAGUCGAGUGUUGACUUUGAAGAAUGUGCUCACAAAUUACUUAAAAUGGAUCUCAAACCAGGACAAGAGAUUGAGCUGUGUAACAUGAUUCUUGAUUGUUGUGCCCAAGAGAGAACGUAUCAGAAAUUCUUUGGAUUACUGGCACAGAGAUUCUGUAUGGUUGAUAAAAAAUAUGUUGACCCAUUCCAACAAAUCUUCAAACAACAAUACGAAACCAUUCACCGUUUAGACCCCGACAAAUUUAGAAACGUUGCAAAGUUUUUUGCUCACUUACUGCACACUGAUGCAAUUUCUUGGCAGGUAAUGUCUUGUAUCAAACUAAGUAAAGAAGACACAUCAUCUGCCAGCAGAAUAUUCCUCAAAAUCCUAUUCCAAGAGCUUUCAGAAUAUAUGGGUUUGCCGAAAUUGAAUUACAGAUUUAAAGAUCCAACGUUACAGCCCUAUUUUGAAGGAAUAAUGCCAAGAGAUGUUCUUAAGAAUACGCGAUUUGCUAUUAAUUUCUUUACAACCAUUGGUCUUGGUGGUUUGACUGAUGACCUUCGGGAACACCUGAAGAAUAUGGCAAAGGUAGCUCUGCAGCAAAAGCAGCAGGAGCCUAGCAUGAACUCUCCAGCAUCUGGCACUGAAGACAGCUCAUCGGACAGCAGCAGCGACAGCUCAGACAGUUCUUCGGACAGCAGUGGCAACAGUUCCGACAGCAGCAGUGGCAGCUCAGACAGCACCCCUGCCGACAAAGCAGAGACAACGGUGAAGAAAAAGAAGGUUCUCACCAAGAAACGGCCUGUUGCCAAGGACAGUGCAGGAGCAAACAGCAAAACCAGCAGCAGCAGCCACAACAACAACAACAAAUUGGUCACUGUCAGCAACAACAUCAGCAGCAAGAAGAAAAAGAAGAAUCAGAGUAGCAGCAGUAGUAGCAGCGGCAGCAGCAGCAGUGGCAGCAGCAGUAGUAGCAGCAGCAGCAGUGAAAGUAGCAGUAGUAACAGUAGUAGUAGCAGCAGCAGUGACAGUGAUGAUAGCUUGAGUAGCAGCAGUAGUAAUGGUAGCAGCAGUAAUGCUGGUGGGGAAGACGAACACACCGUAGACAGCUCAGAAUCGUCCACAGACUCUGGUUCCUCUUCAGAUUCCAGUAGCAGCAGCAGCAGCAGUGCAAGUAGCAGUUCUUCUGACACUAUGAGAUCUACAGCAUUGGAUGAGAAAAGGCGAAGAGACAACAGUGAAGUUACUACAAGUUCAGUGAACCAUAAACAUCGUUCUCGAGAAGACCACAGUUCUGGGAGGGAUGCCAUAAAUGGACUCAACCAACAGGGAUACACAACUGCUGGAGGGUCACAUCGCAAAGAAUCUCGACUUGGGCCAAGGGAGACCGACGAGAGAGUCACACAUUUGGCUGACACUCGCGACCGAAACCAUGAACGUGAUCACAGACCAAUGGAAUGGUCGCGGAAUGACAGUGCGGGUGCUCCGCUGCCUCCACCACGGAAUAGCAGAAGUGGUGGCGGCGGUGGUGGUAGUGAUGACGAUGACGAUGAAAUUGAUCGGUCGAGAAGGGUUCGGGGUGGGGAAAAGAGAGGAAGCCGUAGUGGUGGAGGGUACGUGGAUAGGGUGGGAUCAUAUGCUUCAUCUUCCUCCAACACUGCCGAUCAGUGGGACAAAAACCGAAGGGACUGGGAUCGUAGCCAAAAUAGGGGCUACGAGCUAGACCGAUUCGGUGACCGUGGCGACCGGACAGAUCGGUACUACGACAAGGACCGCAAUGGCGACCGCUCAGACCGCUACUAUGACAAGGAGAGGAAUGAGCGGGAGUCAUAUCGACGAAACAGUGAUCGGGGUGAUGGGAACGGUGGAAGGCGGGACCCUAGACAGAAAAGAUAUCGAAAUGACUAUGUCAAUAACAACAACAACAGAAGGGACAGUUACAUUCAAAAGGACCGAGUAGGACAUGGGGAUAGAGAAAGAACUGAAAAAUACCGGAAUAGGGAUUAAAAAAGAAAUGUUUUUGUGCCUGAUAUAUAUAUUUUAUUUUUAAUUUCUUUUUUUAAAAAAAAAAGACUUUUUUUCCUAUUUUUUGUUCACAUUAUUUUUCUUAAACCCUCUUUCCUCUUUCUGUCUGGAAACAUGUUUUCGUUCUAUUUUCUUCCUAAUGAACUAGAAGCUGUUGUAAUUAAAUAUGGCUAAGAAAAAUAAAACAACAACAUCAAUUACAUGUCAAAA